CCUGAGAAGUGCCGACUCAGCAGCAGCCUCACCCCGGGGACCUGCCCCCCCUCCCCCAGCUUCCAACCAGCCCCGGGGAGACUGAGCCCUGAGUCCCGCAGCAUGGCCACAGUGAACACCGGCUCGUGCGGCUCUCGGGCCGUGGUCCUGGCGGGGAAGUAUCUGUCCGGCCCGGGUGUCCCGGUACCGACCCAGAGCUCCGGGCUGAGGCAGCGGAGGUUGUUGGGUCCGCACCCCCGCAUGGUGAGCUCCGACGCGGCCGGGAAACGAGGCAAAGCCGCGGCUCUGGCCCAGCAGGAACCCCCGGGAAACUGCUCCGCCGCGGAGCGACACAUGCCGGCGAACCGGAGCCUCAUCUACCGGGACGUGAAGGCUUUCCUCGGCGAGGUCGGCGGGGACCCGCGGGAGGCCCGGUACUGGCUCACCCAGUUCCAGAGGGCCGCGGCCGCGCAGUCCCCGGCCUUCGCGGUCCUGGAGGUGGACAGCUCGGUGACGGACAGCAGGGACAUGGUGCAGAGUCUGGCCUUCGGCCUGUCCUUCCUGCAGCGGAUGGACAUGAAGCCCGUGGUCGUGAUGGGCUGGUCGUCCUCUGAGGGGGCGGGGCCUGCGGAGGCCGGGUCCCGGUGCAGCCGCGGCCUGGUGGAGCGGAGCCAGCAGCUGACGGAGGCUCUGCAGCAGCACUCGGCCUCCGUCCUGCCCUUCUUCUCCGCCGAGUCCUUCCUCCUGCAGCACCAAGCCCCACGAGGAAGCAGUGCUCCUCACUACGUCGCUGUGGACACCAGCCUCCUCCAGUGGACCCUGGACUGCGGGACAAUCCCCCUGGUCUGUCCCGUGGGCAGGGACGCCCGAGGCUGCUCAGUGAUGCUGGACCCGACAGAAGUGACGGCAGCCAUUUCUCGAGCCCUGCAGCCGCACAAGGUCAUGUUCCUGAACAGCUCAGGAGGCCUCCGCAGCCGAGACAGCAAGGUGCUGGGAACUGUGUCGCUGCCCAGCGACCUGCCCAGUCUGUCCCAGGACGCGGGUCUGAGCGCCGCGGAGUGCCACCGGGUGGCGACCAUCGCCCGACUGCUCAACCAGCUGCCGGCCGAGUCCUCCGCUGUGAUCACCUCCGCCAGCACCAUGCUGACGGAGCUGUUCAGCCACCGAGGGUCGGGGACGCUCUUUAAAAACGGAGACCCCAUCCACCGCUACAGCUCUCUGGAUGGGAUCGAUGUGGAGCGUCUGAUGCUUCUCAUCAACAAGUCUUUUGAUAAAACUCUGAGGAGAGAAUACAUCGAGUCGCUAAAGGGACGCCUGCACUCGAUCUACCUCUCUGAAGGCUACAGCGCCGCAGCCAUCAUCACCAUGGAGCCGGUGAACAGCGGCACGCCCUACCUGGACAAGUUCGUGGUGAGCAGCAGCAAACAGGGCCAGGGCACCAGCCACGUGCUGUGGGAGUGCAUCAGGCAGGACCUGGGCAAACUGUUCUGGAGGUCGAGGGCCACCAACAGGAUCAACCCGUGGUACUUCAAACAUUGUGACGGCAGCUUUGUGAACGGGCUGUGGACCGUCUUCUGGUUCGGCCUGAAGGACAUCAGAGAUUCCUACGAGCUGGUGGAGUACGUCGAGAAGCUUCCUGACUCGUUCCACGACUCCUCCUCUCUCAGCGCCGCCGGGCAGCUCCCUCCUCCGGCUGCAGGUUCCUGAGCUGCUCCUCCUCCGGCGGCUGCAGGUUCCUGAGCUGCUCCUCCUCCGGCUGCAGGUUCCUGAGCUGCUCCUCCUCCGGCGGCUGGAGGUUCCUGAGCUGCUCCUCCGCCAGCUGCAGGUUCCUGAGCUGCUCCUCCUCCGGCUAGAGGUUCCUGAGCUGCUCCUCCUCCGGCGGCUGCAGGUUCCUGAGCUGCUCCUCCUCCGCCGGUUGCAGGUUCCUGAGCUGCUCCUCCUCCGCCGGUUGCAGGUUCCUGAGCUGCUCCUCCUCCUCCGGCUGCAGGUUCCUGAGCUGCUCCUCCGAGCGGCUGGGUUGCUUUAGGUUUUUUAUCUUCAAUCUGAGACACAGUUUUCUCAGGUUUUUGCUCUUACUGCUCUUUUUCCCAGUUCUGUUUUUUGUUGGUUUCCACUCCGGCACUUAAAAACCAAAGCUUGCUCGUUGUGGACGAUGACACACAAGCUGUAUUUUGAUAAGCUAAAAUCAUUCUUAAUCUUUUUAGAGCCAGGUGUAGUUCUAAGUGACUACACACCCGAUACUUGAAGUUAUUUCACACUUACAUAUUUUUGUUCUGGAGCCUCGGAGCCGUGGUACAUUCACUUCAGGGUCUUAGUCUCACACUGAACACAGUUGUGUGAUGUGUUCUGUGGCUGUAGGGGGCGCUAGGUAUUAACCUGGAAACCUGACCAAUCAGCGAGCUCACAUUGAUUCAUGCACUGGCUGUCUGGUCACGCCCCAUCCAGACCGACUUCCCUCCAUAAAAUAGUCGGACCAAUACAAUACGUACAAUACUGAUCCAAAACAAUAAUCUCACCGGGGGGGGGGGGUGGAUGCAGUGACCGACUGAGGAGCGACCAAUGGGAGUCUCAGACACAGCUGAAGUCUGUGACUGUGAAGGUUUAUCCUCAGAGGAGAAGAACUAACAGCUGGUUUGCUUUCUUCCAAUCUGCUGCGUCGCUCAGUUCUUUGCUCUGAUUGGUCGUCCGGCUCUUCUGGGAAUCAUAAACAAAACAAGAUAUUAAACCACUUUUCAAAACCAUUCAAGAAUGUGAAGUAGUCUGGAGAUAUCCGGCCAGCUAUUUCACAUUUCAAUACAGUUACUGUGUGUGUGUGUAUGUCUGUGUAUGUCUGUGUGUGUCUGUGUGUUAGAGGUUCAAGAAUCAUGUACCUGAGUCAGAUGACCUUUUUGUUUUUAUUUAAAUAAAAGCAGAUGAACAUGCUGCUAGUUUACUUACAGUCUAUUUAUAGAUAUCAGUACUUGUAAUAAUUUCAUAUUUUUCAUGCAUAACUUUGAUAAGUUAUAAAACUUACAAAUACAAUCAUGGUAUCCAUGGAUCUUAAAGUCAAUCUUAGCCAAUUAAAGUCUUAAAUAUUUGCCCAUGUGCAUUCAACACUUACACAUGUGUGUAGUUUUCAUUUGAAAUAUUAUCUUGAUAAGACUAGGUUAGUGUUGUCUUGGUUCAGGCUCAUGUUAGAGUUUCAUUGGAGCUUCAGUUUGGUUCUGACGUGUUGUUGGAUCAGAUCCCUGCAGAAUGGUGAGAAACAUGCUUUAGUUUUAUUCUUUCUCAGAUGAAACUGUUGAAUUUUUGAAUUUUGUGGUGAAUCCAUUUGAAAGACAGGACACGACUACACACCUGCUGAGCUGAGAGAUGAAUUAAAGAAAGAUGGUAAAUCUGAUUAUUCUCAGUAUCAGGUUGUGACUGUUUGUAGAAAUCAUCAGAAUAAACCUGGAAUCUUUACUUCAAACAAA